CUGUAAGCAGCUCCUCAUUGGCCAGCCACAAGCCCCUGUGCGUGAAGGAAAUAUCACCAGGGAAACUUCUCCUCGCUGCCUCUGUGCAUGUUUUCCUCCGUGCCAGGAUUAUUUUUGAAUAGCGUUCGGCUUCCUGCUCAGACUGAAGUCUACAAGCCGCAGCAUCCCCGUUUUGUUGUUUUCGGGAUUUGCCAGCUCUGAGAUCCAUAAAAGCUCGCUGCAAUGUUCUCUUCUUCUCUCUCACAGUUUCAUUGCAAGCUCUUUGCAAAAAUGGGGGACGACAGACCUUUUGUGUGUAACGCUCCCGGCUGUGGACAGAGGUUUACCAAUGAGGACCACUUAGCUGUGCACAAACACAAGCAUGAGAUGACACUGAAGUUUGGACCAGCCAGGACCGACUCUGUUAUAAUUGCAGAUCAAACGCCUACCCCCACUCGUUUUCUUAAGAACUGCGAAGAAGUCGGUCUGUUUAACGAACUCGCCAGCUCCUUCGAACAAGAUGACGAAGACAAGAAGGCGAAGAACUCUCUUCCUGCAGCCAACUCUGUGGCUUUAGACAUGAGCCUGCAGACGCCGUCAGAUGUGAAGGUGAAGCGGGAGUCACCUGUGGAAGUCGACUCCUCACCUCCAGGCAGCCCUGAAUCGAUAUCUGGGAAGUCGGACAGCAACCAGGAGCCAGUGGUUAGAGGAAAGGACACACCACCAAGGAGUUCAGCUCCAACUCCAACUAUUGUCCGCCCAGGUUCUCUUCCACUACACUUGGGCUUCGAUGCCCUUCACCCCACCAUGCCGUCACCCACCUCCGUCAUCACACAGGCUCCGCCUUCAAAUCGCACCUUGGGUUCACCAACUAGCCAUUACCCAAUGAUGAUGCUUCCCACUGGUCAGGCUGUGCCUGUGCUCCCCGGUCCUGUCCAGAUACCCUCUGUCAUUAAUCUGGCUCGACCCAUGUGUAUGGUACCCAACAUUCCUGGAAUCCCUGGUCCUCCUCUGGGAGGCAGCAGCAGCGGCUCCAACUCCCCCUCUGGCUACAGCAGCAUCCACUCAGAGGCCAAGAUGCGCUUGAAAGCAGCGCUGUCGCAGCAGAGCCCUUCGGGUCAGAACUUGGGAUCCAUGGUGAUGGGCAGCAGCCCCAUGGUUCCUCAGAAGGCAGAGCAGAGCCAGCUGCUUGUCCAGCAUCCGGACGCGCCUUCGCCUGCACAACCUCAGGUAUCCCCAGCACAGCCUACAGGUGGGCGUCGACGGCGGACGGCAGACGAUGACCCAGAUGAGCGACGGCAACGCUUCCUGGAGAGGAAUAGGGCGGCGGCAUCACGCUGCAGACAGAAGCGCAAACUGUGGGUCAGUUCUCUGGAGAAGAAGGCCGAGGAGCUCAGCUCUCUCAACGUCUCGCUGUCGAACGAGGUUUCUCUGCUGCGAAACGAAGUGGCACAUUUGAAGCAGCUGCUGCUCGCCCACAAGGACUGCCCUGUCACCACCCUACAAAAGAAAACUGCAUACUUAGCUGCAGAAGAGAGCCUAAAGGAAACCUCUGAGCCUACAGGGUCCCCGGCUCCAGUGAUUCAGCACAGCUCUUUGGCUCCCAGCCCCUCUGCGAUUCAGAACGGCCUGAGCACGAGAGCCGCGGCCGAGGCCAUGGCCAUGUCGGUGCUAGCAGGAAUGGGUCAGCAGCACCAGAGGGUCGAGGGUGGGCCCUCGCACAUUAUCAUGGCUGCACAGUCCCAGUCUGCUGGCAGAUGAUGAGCAGCGCCACCACUGGCCCAGGCUUGGCUCGCCACCCAGGGAUAGAAAAGAUUCCCACCAUCCACAGCCUUUAGGUCCAAAUUUCACAUCUCCCGCUACCCUCUUUCCACAUCUCCUCUUUUGAUCCUCCUGUGGAGCCAUCAAGCUGUGGCCUGGAGCUCAGCAGCAGCAGCAGCAGCAGCCGCAGCCUUCUGGGAACGGACUGAGACUUUUGGGAGAGCUUCCUGUUAACUUUGCCAUAAACUACAGGGGCUGGACUCCGAUAUCCCUUCCUCUUUGCCCUCCUGCUCAUCUCCCCUCAUCCUCGGUGAAUAAGAUGACCUUCUCACCAGGCUGCGAGAAAGUGCGUGGCGUAAUCUGCCGUGAUUAUGAACUUCCUAUAUGUGCACAGUUUCAAACCCACAGGAGUUGCAUAAACGUUGUUGAUCAAAUCAGAUCCAGCACACAGGACUUUAUGCUGUUUUCAGCUGGGAAUAGUGCCUCGUGCCCCUGGACAUUAAUCAUCAUGCUCGCAACCCACACGCCCGUCGCUGCAUAUCGCAUUCAUCUUCAGCUCAAAAGACGCAACAACUUUCCCCACUUCUGACGAUCAGCUUCAGCUUCCUGCUAACGGUUCUGCAUCAAUGUGAUCUGAUCACGGACCCAAACACCUUUCCUCAUUUACCUCCUCUUUAUGUUUAAGACAUAUUUUAACUGUGUGUGAUUGUAUACUUGUGUACAGCAGAACGUGAGUAGUUGCUUCAGAUUUGACACAUUGUUAGCUGUGAUGUUUGCAUGUGACUUUUCCCGAGUGGGUGUAAAGUAUGUGCAGCUAUCUGAUUUGGCAUAUCAUCCAAUAUCAGUCUCUAAAACCAAAAA